AUGGAGUACACGUCUUCCCCCAAACCGCAGCUCUCAUCCCGGGCGAACGCUUUCUCCAUAGCCGCCCUGAUGUCCAGCGGGAAGCGCAGCAAGGAGAAGGAGGCGGAGGAGAACACCAUCAAACCUCUCGAGCAGUUCGUGGAGAAGUCUUCGUGUAACCAGCAGCAGUCUCUGGCUGACCUCUCCUCUCUGGACGCGCACGGAGACUUCAGCGGGAGCGCGCCUGCGGUCUGCACGGAACCGCUCAUCCCCACCAAUCCCGGCAUCCCUAGCGAGGAGAUGGCCAAGAUCUCGUGCAGCUUAGAGACCAAAGAAUUAUGGGACAAAUUUCACGAGCUCGGCACCGAAAUGAUCAUCACCAAAUCUGGAAGGAGGAUGUUCCCCACCAUCCGGGUCUCUUUCUCCGGGGUAGACCAGGACUCUAAGUACAUCGUGUUGAUGGACAUCGUCCCGGUAGACAACAAGCGGUACCGAUACGCCUACCACCGCUCCUCCUGGCUGGUAGCCGGGAAAGCAGACCCUCCUCUGCCCGCCAGGUUGUACGUUCACCCAGACUCGCCAUUCACCGGGGAGCAACUGAUGAAACAAAUGGUUUCCUUCGAGAAAGUCAAACUGACAAACAACGAACUGGACCAGCACGGACAUAUCAUCCUGAACUCCAUGCACAAGUACCAGCCGAGGGUCCACAUCAUCAAGAAGAAGGACCACACAGCCUCACUGCUCAACCUCAAGUCUGAGGAGUUCCGCACCUUCGUUUUCAUUGAGACCGUUUUCACCGCCGUCACGGCCUAUCAGAACCAGCUGAUCACCAAACUGAAGAUCGACAGUAACCCCUUCGCCAAAGGUUUCCGGGACUCGUCACGGCUCACAGACAUGGAGAGGGAAAGUGUUGAGAAUCUGAUCCACAAGCACUCGUACGCCCGAUCGCCCAUCCGAACCUACGCCGGAGACGAGGAAACCCUGAGCGAGGACGGGCACUCGGCACACACAAGAGGCUCAGCAUUCACCGCCUCAGACAACCUCUCCCUGAGCUCCUGGGUCACCACCACCUCCGGCUUCUCGGGCUUCCAGCAUCCACAGACCCUGUCAGCCAUGGGCACGGGCACCACCUCCCUGCCUCACCCCAUCCAGGGCUCCCUGCCGCCCUACAGCCGUCUUGGCAUGCCGCUGACGCCCACCGCUUUGGCAGGAACCAUGCAGGGCAGCGGGCCGUCCUUUCCUUCCUUCCACAUGCCCCGCUAUCACCACUACUUCCAGCAGGGGCCCUACGCCGCUAUCCAGGGACUCCGCCACUCUUCCACGGUCAUGACACCGUUUGUAUGACUCCACCUACGAAGAGGGGACGGGAAAUCCUCACUCUGAUGUUCAAACAAAACCCAGUACUACCAGUUAUUCCUCCACUCCGGCUCUUCACUCCUCAUACCGUUUGUAUCGUUCCCUCUGGACUUUGUAAAUAGUUCAUCUGCAGAUUGUGACUUGAAGACGAUACUGAUCCAAAAAUCCAAAAAACAAAGACCUGUGAUGCCUCCACAGGACUUAUAAACACUUUGAGACAUUGUACAAACACCUACAACCUCAUUACAAACUUUAAAUCUACUCUGAGAUGAUAGAAGGAGCAUGUUUGGACUUGGCCCUUGAAGAACAGAAAGUGGAUCCUCCAAUCCUCAACUUAGACUCAUUUUAACAACAUUCAGAUGAUCCUGUCAGCCGCUAAAGAUUUAACCAUCCCUUCUAGUUGAAAGCUCUCAAGGCUUUAAAGAAGGCAGGUUGCUGUGUGAAUCCUCAGCCUAGAUUGGGGAUUUUUGGAUAGGAGGAAAGGACUUACUUGAUGCCACACCAUGUUGGAUUUCAGCGAAUCAGAAUGGUGGAGCAGCCAUUGCAGCAUUCCUCUGUUUUCCAAAGAGGCAGCCACAUGUACAGCUCAAACGUCACACCAUCAUGUCGAAAAGAAAUGUAAAAAUACACUGUACAAAACAUUUACUGCAAGGAAAUUCUCACUGUAGAGUACCAAAAAUGAUAGGACGCAUGCUGAAGCAGUAGACAAACACGCUGGUGAGUUUUUAUAUGGAAUAUUAGGGGGGUUAAUGAGUUAAACUGCAAUAGGGGGGCUUUUGGCAUACCUGAAAGGCUCGGUCACACCAGAGUUUAAAACAGUGCAAGUCUGCUGCAAAAUAUGGAUAUAAGAAGGCAAAUUAAUGAGUAACUGGACCAGUAACGAUCAGUUUAGACGGCAGGGACGCUUGAGAAGAAUACAAAACUUUGUCCUAAAUCAUACCCUUUUUUUCUGAGCUGCUGUAAUCACUUUUAUUCAACACAUAUGAUCGAUUUUGUACUGCAAAGUGUCUCUUAAUCCAAACAAUAACAAACCACAAAGUGUGAUGGCUGUGAGCUUUGUGGAAUAAUAGAACGAGCAGCACAGGAGCAGCUAGCUCAGAUUUCGAGAUGCAAGCAAGGAAUUUAUAGGAAAAGAAGAGAUAAAAUACCACAAAAUCAUAAGAGCAAUUUGGACUUUAGCUCACUAGCAGGAAUUAUCUUAGGAUCCUAUUCUCUCUUGUUAAAGAUAUUCUCAAAAUUAAAUAUCUAAAUGACCUUAUAAGGGCUUUUAUGCUCUCAGUGAUGUUUCUUCCCUAAAUCAGAUGUUAAAUUAUGUUUCCCAGAGUUGAUGUGCCAUAAUCACACACUUGCAAGUUAGUAAAUGCUAACACAGCAUGUAUGAAUCUCUAAAAAUAUAGGAGAACAUAAGAUCCUUUAAACAAGCACUCAGUAGCCUUGCACAUAGUCCUUUUUUUUUCAUAAACAUACAGAUUAAUUUCAUUGUUUUGAUUUCUGGUGUGACCGAGUCUUAGCAGAGAGUGAUUGAACCAAAAUAUUGAUUUUUAUCAUCAGUUUAGUCAUAUUUCCAAGCAAAGGGAGCAUUGGCCAUAAAUCAGCCCCACACUGUCAUUACAGAAGCAGCAGGUUGUUUUUCUCUGUGAACAGACAGCAGCAGCGUCUGUGAAGAAACAUGAAGUUUGUCUCCACGCUUGUUUUCAUUUGGGCGUUUGCUGCCUGCAGCCCGUUCCCAGCAGGUGUUAGCGAGCUGAUUCAUGUCUGCAUCAGAGCGUGUCGACAGGCCGUCUUCACCUGGAAAUAAUGACUCUGGGCUGUCUCGGUUAAAGCCAGCGAGGAGGAGGGAGCAGGAAACCCACACUCUGAAACAGUGCUGAUGCAGAGAACAGCAGCUCACUGGUAGAGGAAUUAGUUAUUUAUUUAACAAAUAGAUGUUACAAGUUUAAAAUAACUCCACAUGGAUGAAAAAUAAGACGAGUUAUUAAUAUUUGUAUUUUUAGUUUUUAUAUGUCAGAGAAAAGUCAAAAUCAAAAGUAUAUUGUCAAGCAAAAUUGAAGUAAAUUGAGCAGUACAUCAAAGGAAAAUAGCAGUGGUCUACUUUUGCAAUGCUUAGUUUUAUUCUCUCAAAAAUCUUUCAGAGCGUCAUAAAAACAGAAGUAUUUAAAGGUAGAACAUGCAUUUGUUUGGAAAAUUUAAGGACAUUGGUGGAAAUAUAAAUCAUAAUUCCUUCAAGUGACAAAUUGAUUAUUUUUAAUUAUUAUUAUUAUUUUUUAUUUACAAAUAGUUGAAAUAGCCCAAAAAUAAAUUACUGUUAUAUAAAAAGGUAAAAAAAAUAGCAGCCAUUCAAGAGUCAAGAAUUGUUUGUUUGUAAUUAUUUAUCAAUAUAUCUGCAGGUUUAAUUUUCUUGUGAAUUAUUGAACUGAUUUAACUAUCAAAGUUUUUUAGUUUUAAAUUCUAGACCAAAAUAAUGAAAGAAAUCAAUAAGGACUCUGCAUUUCCCAUCAAUGGUUCAGUUCAAUCUGAUAUCCCACAGCAUCGUGAUUUGUUGCAUAUUCAGUUUUCCUGUUUCUAAGCUACUUUUUUAUCCAUGAAGAUAAGAUCCUUUUAUGCAGGGGUGUCCAAACUUUUUCCACUUAGGGCCACAUGUAGAAAUAUAUAAGAAUGAUGGGGCCACUUUCAUAUACCGCACCUAAAGUAAAAAGUUAUCAUAACCAGUCUAAUGUAGGUGAAGGUAUUGAGAUUGUGUGUGCUCACAUGGCUAGUUAGUGGUUGACGAGGCAAACAGCCAAUCUAUUUAAGGAUUUUGG